UAUACUUUGGUUAUUAAUAAGAAGGAACUGAAAGACCCAAAACAAUAGUUGCAAUUCACAACAGAUGAGAGUAAUUCGAAACACAUCACUGCUAAUUCUUUCGUUGCUUUUUCUAUUCUCUGCGUUUGGGUUAAGCGAACAGGGAGGAUUUUGCGACGAAGAGAUGGCCACACUUGGUGGGAUUAGAGAUUCGCAUGGUUCAUCGCAGAAUAGCGACGAGAUCCAUAGCCUUGCUAAAUUUGCUGUCGAUGAGCAUAACAAGAAGGAGAAUGCAAUGAUUGAAUUGGCCAGAGUAGUGAAGGCGCAAGAGCAAGUUGUUGCUGGCACACUGCACCAUCUGACUCUUGAGGUCAUAGAUGCUGGAAAGAAGAAACUCUAUGAGGCUAAGGUUUGGGUCAAACCAUGGCUGAAUUUUAAGGAACUUCAAGAGUUCAAGCAUGUUGAAGAUGGUCCUACCUUUACUGCUUCAGAUCUAGGAGUUCAGCAAGAAGAGCAAACCACUGGAUUGAAGUCAGUACCUGUGGAUGAUCCGGUUGUUCACGAAGCUGCAGAGCAUGCAAUUAAGACCAUUCAGCAGAGAUCCAAUUCACUACUUCCAUAUGAACUGAAAGAGAUUGUUCAUGCUAAUGCUGAGGUUGCUGAUGAUUCUGCAAAGCUUCAUUUGCUCAUCAAAACAAGCAGGGGAGGAAAGGAGGAAAAGUUCAAAGUUCAAGUGCACCACAAUAAUGAAGGUGCCUUCCACUUGAAUCAUAUGGAGCCUGACAACUAACUUUCAAACUAGCUUGGGAGAUCCUAUGCCUCCUUAAAGUUCUAGUUGCUAUAUGGAGCUAUGGGAGAUGCACAAAUAUGUUUGAAGUAAAAAUAAGCAUGUAACCAGCACAAAUUAUAGUACUUGCCUUUGCGAUCUAAGGUUGGCUUCUUGUAAUAGAUCUCUAUGAUCCAUGCUGGAUUGCCCUCUCCUCUCAGGUGGAGGAAACAAUAGAUCUGUUGUAUGUUGUCUUUUUAAUGUUCUUUGUUGUAC